AAGUGUUUUUCUGUGAUAAUAAAUAGGGACGUCUCUGCGCAGCCUAUCGGAUUCCGGGAUGCAAUACGCAUCCAAAUGAAAAGAACGCCAGUCCUUUCGCUAAUCCUUGUCUAUCCUUUUUAUCUCGGGACUCAUAGCAGUCGGAUCACUAUGGGACAGCGAAGCGGUGGGACAAAGCCAUGCGGAAGAUAUUGCUGUAAAUGAGAGAAAAAGGCAAGUCUGUCUGACUUCAGUGGGCGCGAACUGGGCGCGUGUAGGCAAGCUGCGUAUGCGUAAAAGUGGGCCAAAAUGUUCCUCGUCCUGCUCCUGGGGCUCUGCGUGGCCACAGGUGAACUGUUCUCCCCAGUGAGCUCGUGUCCAACGCAGUGCAGCUGUUUUUACCACAACCUGAGUGAUGGAUCAAAAGCCAGGAGCGUGAUCUGCAAUGAUCCCGACAUCUCUCUGGUGCCUGUCGGGUUCCCUGUUGACACGUCCAAGCUUCGGAUCGAGAAGACGGCCAUCCAGCGGAUACCAAGCGAAGCCUUCAACUACCUCUCCAGUUUGGAAUUCCUCUGGAUGUCUUUCAACACGCUGUCCGCCUUGAACCCGGACAGUUUCCGGGGACUGUACAACCUGGAAGAGCUUCGCCUGGACGGGAAUGCCCUUACCGCCUUUCCUUGGGAAUCUCUCAUGGAUAUGCCCAGUCUCAGACUUCUCGAUUUGCACAACAACCAGCUCACCUCGCUGCCCGCGGAAGCCACCACUUACAUCAAGAACCUCACCUAUCUUGAUCUGUCAAGCAACAGCCUGCUGACCCUGCCGGCGGAGGUGCUGUCCACCUGGCUGGCGGCAAAACCUGCGCAGGGGCCAGAGAGCUCCAAAAUGAUACUUGGUCUCCAUGACAACCCCUGGGUAUGCGACUGCCGGCUCUACGACCUGGUCCAGUUCCAGAAGUCUCCCACUCUCUCGGUGGCGUUCAUUGACACUAGACUGAGGUGUUCGGCUCCAGAGAGUGUUUCUGGAGUGUUGUUCAGCGAUGCAGAGCUGCGGCGCUGUCAGCUCCCACGCAUCCACACAGCUGUGGCACGGGUCCGCAGCGCCGUAGGGAACAAUGUGCUGCUCAGGUGUGGGACCAUCGGGGUUCCCAUCCCUGAUCUGACGUGGCGCAGAGCGGAUGGACGAGCCCUGAAUGGAACAGUCCAGCAGGAAACCUCAAAAGAGGGAAUCACUUGGUCCAUCCUCAGUGUCCCAGCUGUGUCCUACCGUGAUUCAGGGAAAUACAUCUGCAAGGCCACAAACUAUGCAGGGAGCGCUGAAGCCGUCAUUUCCCUGCUUGUCUCUAACUCACCCAAACCAGAGGGGAACCAAACCCUCAACGAUAAGAGACCUAAAGUCAAGAAACCAAAUCCGGUGGGCAAAGCUGCCUACCAGGAAAAACUGGUGGCUCGAUAUGUGGUUCCAACUGCCUCUACAUCAUCCUUUGAUCCAGGUAUCCCCCCUGGUCUCAAUCCUGACCCUGAACAGGCCAGUUUUAGCCUGGCGGACAGAGCCACCCCAGGGACAGCCACCUCUUCAAACCUAGACACCCUGCUGGAUCUGGAGAAGACUAAUCUGAGCAACCUGGCGGCCAACACCUCAUCACUACAGCAGGACCCGGACAGGGUGGUGCGCUCAGUGAAGGUGGUGGGGGACACAGACAAUACAAUCUCCUUGAACUGGAGAGCCCCUAAAGCAAAGAACACAACAGCGUUCAGUGUUCUGUAUGCUGUGUUUGGAGAGAGGGACAUGAGGAAGAUCAACGUGGGGGCCGGACAGAACCGGGUCACCAUCGAGGGGCUGGUGCCCAGGACCAAGUACAUUGCCUGUGUAUGUGUACGGGGGCUGAUCCCCAAGAAGGAGCAGUGUGUGAUUUUUUCCACAGAUGAAGCAGCCAGUGCUACGGGCACACAGAAGCUCAUUAACGUGAUUGUGAUCACAGUGGCCUGUAUCAUCGCCGUCCCGCUCACCGUCAUUGUGUGCUGUGGGGCGCUCAAGAGACGCAUCCAGAAGUACUGGGGGAAGAAAUCCAAGGAUAUCCAAGACUCAUAUGUGACCUUUGAGACUCUGUCGCCUGGCACCAAGGCCAAAGGUCUGGAGGGCGAGUAUUUGAACAGACUGAACCCAGAGGAGUCCAACAGGCUGCUGUCGGCACGCUCCAGCCUGGACUCUGAGGCCACAGCUAAGAUAGAGGGACAGCCCAAUGAGUACUUCUGCUGACAUCAUGCUCCAGCUCCGGCUCCUGCUCCACGCCAUCUCCCUCGUACUCACCCGCAUCCACGCCCCAGUCCUAACCCUCAUACAAAUCCUCAUCCUCAUCCACAUCACCAGUCCAACCCCCAUUUCCACCCACGCCCGUAUCCACAUCACUACCCGUACUCUCACCCUCAGCAUCAUCCUGACGUCAGCCCCCCUCCCUCCCGCUCCCACACGCCCACACCCUGGGAUUCCCCCCCACCUGUCCCUCCUCGCUGGAUCAUGCCACCAACGCCGCCGCCACAGAGAGCCAACUUCUAUCAAAGGACUUUUGCACGCUGCACCAUCAUGGAAAUAUCAGUUUAGGGAAGAUAUCUAAAUCAGAAUCCACUUGUUUUUCUAGAUAUAACUGGAAUAUUUCAUCUUUCCUUCACAUAACUUUCAGACACACUUUACUCUAAAAAGAAUGCUUCUAUCACAAAGCCUCUCGGAAAGCGUAACAAUCAUUCAUAUUUCAUCUCAUUUGCAUGGCCCAGCGAAGAAAAAACCUCCACAUCCUGAUCUGACUUAAAGAGAAGUCAACAGUGGAUCCUCCAUUGUUUAUAUCACAUAUGUAUGUGUAUGAUUUGUAUAUACUGUACUGGAUGAUGUACACUUACAUAUACAGUUAAGUCUGUGCCUCUGUAUAUAUCUGUCAUACGUUCUCGGAGAAGAUAUACACACAGGCAUGGUUCAACACUCUGGUGAUGGAGAAAAGCCGGAGCUGGAGAGAAGUACAGAAAGGACUGAACUAUGACACUUUGUAAAUAAGAAGGGAAGAGAUGCAAAAUAUUAAAUAAUUUCUAUUCCCAACAAUGAGACACAUGCUGAAAUAUCUCUAUGUACCUGUUUAGUGCCGCCUAGAGCAGUGGUUCCCAACCUUUUUUCUUUCGAGUCCCCCCUACUUGUAUCAAAGAAAAGCUAAGACCCCCCCAGGAUGCAUUACUGUCAAAAAAUUAACAUCAUCUUCAAUCAUUUUCAUUGAUAAAAUCCUACUAGGCCUACAUAUGUGUUUUUAUCUUUGUAUCAACUCUCCAGAAAGUGUUUUAUCAUGAUUUUAGUUCAUAUGUCCAAGUCAAAUUUCAACAACCUCAGAGUUGAAAAAGCCUCAUGCCCCCCUGAGAUCUUUGGUGCCACCCUUUAGGGAGGCCCGGACCCCAGGUUGGGAACCAAUGACCUAGAGGUAUCACUAUCCCUUCAAUGUAGAUCUACUCAUUCCCAUGAUAUUAUUUCAAUUUAGACAAAUAAACUUUUAUAUGCAAAU